AUGCCAGGGAUGCAUUUCCACACCGUAGAAGUCAAGUUGGCAAACUCCGCGAUUAUUACGUCGUCUGGACGGCACAUACAUACCGGCUGGGACUGUACACUUGUUCGCUUCCCGAGGUGCCCAUACUUCCUACGAACCUUUUCAUAA